UGAACGUGGCGUCGUUGGCUACCCUGGGGUGAGAAAAGCACGGCUGUUGCUCGGUUUGUUCAGUGUGGGAGACUGCUGUGUGAUAACAGUGUUUGUGGCGUCUUUGAACUGAAAAAAAAAACCAGGACUUUAUAGACACUAGCUCUCCCCGCUUCGUAACACAUAAGACGAUGAAUGGUAAGUCAACGAACGGCACGCUGGGGGGAAUGGCCUGCAUCGAGGGUCUACCGCCGCUGCCGAAGAGCCUGAGCGGGUUGCUGAACUCAAGCGGCGGCUCCUGGAGAGAAAUGGAGAGGAUGUACGUGAAGAAAACCAUGAUCCAGGACGACCUGAGCAGAGGCAGGAACAAUGCCGAUAACCUGCUGGCCAACAAGCCGGCCAACCUCGAUGCAGCACUGGCUCUGCUGCGAAAAGAAAUGGUGGGUUUGCGUCAGCAGGACAUGUCCCUGCUGUGCCAGCUGUGGUCGCUCCACGAGUCCAUCCAGGAGUACAAGGGGAGCUGCCAGGACCUUAGCGCAGCCUCCAGCCUCAGCAUGAUGGAGAAUGGCUACUUUGACGAGGAUGACGAGUAUUACCCGGAGCCUGGUUCCACUCCCACCGGGGAACAGCCGGAUGGAGACAUUGGAGAUGGGAUGGCAACAAUGGGGGCAGCCAAGAAUGGGAGCGGCAGUGGCAAAGGGGACAGCUGGGACUCCUUUCGCGUUAACAUCUGAGGCCUUGUUGUCAGCAUUUUUCUUAGUGUGGAUGCAUAUUUUUGGGUUGACAGACUGGAUUAGGCUGGAGGAGAAACCUUUUUGGCCUCCAGGGAGUGAGUGGCUGGUGAGAGACAACAGACUAUGGCGUCUCGUGGAACUGUAAAAAUCCAGCUACCUUAAACACCUCCUCAGGUCAAACAUCCGCCUGCUUGUGUUGCAGAACGUUGUUUCUGCAGCGUGACCAGGAGCUUCAUCAAACUGCAGAUCUGAGCGAUCAGAUAUUUUGUGAAGUUACUCUCUUAACAACCUCUGAAACACUCAGGGGUUGGGAUCAAUUGUAUCCAGCGACUCGAUAUAGUCAAAAUUCGGCAAUAUACAUAUAUAUAUACACACACACUUCUUUUUGUAAACAGCUUUAUUGCUGCUUCUAUGUCCGUUUGUUUUGUUAGACAGUCACUUUCUUUUUGGCUGAACUUUUUUUUUUUAAAUUUACAUAUACAAAAAUAUAUGAACAAAGUUUUAUUAUUUAUUAUAUAAUAUAAAUAACAAAAUAUUUGCUUUCCUGUUACUCUGACAUUUUCUACUGCACCGUUCCUCAGCAUUUACAGGUUGGAAAGAAUCCCAGAAAUCCAGAGCUUUGCAAUCAGCAUUGGUGCAAAAAGAUGACUGACUCUGUGGACAUAUUAAUGGAGACAGUGUGUGUGUUUCUUCUAAGUGGUGAAACCAUUAAUUUACAUCAACCCCUUGGGGUCCAACCAGAAGUAGUAGUACGAAGAAAGAGAUGAGGUCCUCAUAUCCAGUGAGUUUGUGUGCAGGUAUGAGGUCUUCCUUUAGGUGGAGCAGAUAUCUGCUCAGGGAAUGUGAAAUCUUCAGAAUGCUGGAAACAGUUUUAACUGUUUGCAGAGGUGAAAAACCCCAAGCCCAGCGUGCUGUGUUGCAGAUAUAGUGCUUCAGCACUUUACAGGCAUAUCAGACAUGUCUCUGUUCUCAGACUUUGUAGUGUUCAGGACACAUCUGCCUGAAUUUAACUUUCUGCUUUAAUAUUAUCUAUCUUUAAGAUACAUUUACUUAAAGAUUAAAACAGAACUCAGUUUAUUUCUGGAUCUUGGUUUCAUUGUAUUUAUCAAUUUAAGUGGGGGUCCGCCCUAAUCAAGGGUUGGCUGGUUCAAACACUGAACAUUCAGAUAUUCGUUUCUUGAGGUCAGUAUUAACAUGAAUAGAAAUGCAAAGACUACCUAAGUUGAAACAAGAAUUAUUCUUCAAAAUAAU